UGUACGCAGGACGUGCGUGAGGCUGCGCGCUCGCGCCCACAGCUGGGCUGGGUCAGAUCGGAGUCUCGGUAUCUCUGCGUGUGGCUCCCUCGGCCCUUCCUUCUCUUCGUCCCCGCGCGGUAACUGAACUUCAUUGAAGAUGUCUAAGCAACAGCCUGCUCAGUUUACAAAUCCAGAAACUCCUGGCUACGUUGGAUUUGCAAAUCUUCCCAAUCAAGUCCACCGAAAAUCUGUGAAAAAAGGUUUUGAGUUCACACUGAUGGUAGUUGGGGAAUCCGGAUUGGGAAAAUCUACUCUCAUCAAUAGCCUGUUCUUGACGGACUUGUACCCAGAAAGGGUCAUUCCCGGGGCAGCAGAGAAAAUAGAAAGGACGGUGCAGAUUGAGGCAUCCACAGUGGAGAUUGAAGAGAGAGGGGUCAAGCUCCGUCUUACUGUUGUCGACACACCAGGCUAUGGGGAUGCAAUUAACUGCCGUGACUGCUUCAAGACGAUCAUCUCCUACAUCGAUGAGCAGUUUGAACGGUAUCUGCAUGAUGAAAGUGGCUUGAACCGACGGCACAUCAUAGAUAACCGCGUCCACUGCUGCUUCUAUUUUAUUUCACCUUUUGGACACGGACUCAAACCUUUAGAUGUGGAGUUUAUGAAAGCGAUUCACAAUAAAGUGAAUAUUGUGCCUGUGAUUGCCAAAGCUGACACUCUGACCCUGAAGGAGAGAGAGCGGCUGAAGAAGAGGGUUCUGGAUGAAAUCGAAGAGCAUGGUAUCAAGAUUUAUCAUUUGCCUGACGCAGAGUCAGACGAGGAUGAGGAUUUUAAAGAACAGACUAGACUUCUGAAGGCUAGUAUUCCAUUUUCAGUAGUUGGAUCCAAUCAGCUGAUUGAAGCCAAAGGCAAAAAGGUUAGAGGUCGCCUCUAUCCUUGGGGAGUUGUGGAAGUGGAGAAUCCGGAACAUAAUGACUUCCUAAAACUGAGAACGAUGCUGAUUACACACAUGCAGGAUCUCCAGGAGGUGACCCAGGACCUUCACUAUGAGAAUUUCCGUUCUGAAAGACUGAAGAGAGGCGGCAGGAAAGUGGAAAAUGAGGAAGUGAAUAGAGACCAGAUCCUGCUGGAAAAGGAAGCGGAGCUUCGUCGCAUGCAGGAGAUGAUUGCCAGGAUGCAGGCGCAGAUGCAGAUGCAGAUGCAGGGAGGAGACGGUGAUAUUGUUGUGCACGGGCACCAGGCUUAACGCUUUCACUUACAGAGAUGAAAAAGAACAUUCCGAUAUGUUUUUUCAUGAAAUCGCUGAAAGGAAGUCAACCUUCUGCAAUACCUGUGGCCUACAAAUUGUUCCUCCCCAUUUUUACCUAAGGAUCGGUUGUGGUACCUUUUGUAAUAUGUACCUUGUAACAUGUAUUUUAUUGAUAUUUUAUACUUUUUCCGUAACAUGUAUGUUUUCGUGUUCUUUCCUACAUAAUGAUUACUGUUAGGUGGAAUUGGUUUUCUAGAACUAAGCCAUGAAUUUGUUCUGGAUUUGUAUGGCUCCCAUUGGCCUGCCUAGUCUGGGCAUCAUUGAAUAGUACUGUGGAGUCACACCUAAGAGCGAAUUCUUCUUUCAAUCCAGGUGUUAACAGCACCAGAGCAGAGCCCUCUGUUGGCCUGGCCUAAUGGACCCUCUCACCAUGGCCCCUGGGGAGGACAAGGGAGUUGUAAGUUCUUAUUUGGCAUAAGCUGUUCUGUGGAACACCCAAAACCCAGUUUAGUGCUGCCCACCAGGGUGCAUUUAUUUACACAUUCGUAUAGUUACUCACAUCACUGGUUUAGAAAGGCAAAGAAGAGUGUGUACCUUUAAAUAAUUCAUGUUAAAAUGUAACCUUUUAGAAGGGGUAAUUUCUAAGGUUCUAAUGGCAAGGGGGAAGUGUGGCCCUGUCAUUUAAAAAAAUUAUUUUAUAAACACAGUUUUUUAUAGUAAGAUCCAAAAAGCAUGUACUUUUUGAAAUAAGAUGACUUCAUGCCAUCACACAGAAAAUGAAAACAGCAUUUUGGUCAUAAAUGAGGGGAGAUUGUCAGAGAAGGGCAAAGUCCAUAGGACUCUGCUUUAGUAGGUCAGUAGGGAAAGAACCCUCCUUUUUUCUUACAACAGAAAGUAUUCCUAGAUCUCAGAGAUGCUGGCACCGGUUACUUUGGGUACAGUUUUCUCAUUACUUUAUAAACGAGCUAUUUUGAAGACCAACCCAAGCAAGCAGGUUUUAUGUUGGCUGUGACACCAACCUCAUCCUCACGCAUCCGAGCUCUGGUAAAGAGAACACCCCUCCUUGGGUUUCCCCUUGUCCCACUUUGUUCUCUGGCAGCUGGGGGGGAUGGCAUUGGCGUCACAUACCAUGUCGUCUGCUUGCUCUUCACCUGCAUUUCCGUGAUUUACAAACAGUGCUUGGUCUACAAGUCAUUUCAGUUUCCCUCCAGUUCCUAAAGGCCAAGUUCCUACCACACCUUUGUUUCUCUCUUGUAUGUGCCGGCUUGGGCCUCCCUUCUCUUCCCCCUUGGUGUCUGAGGUGAGGCUCAAAGGGGGAGGCUGGUCCCAGAGAGGCCCACCCAAGGAGGAUCCACAGUGGGGGCAGGCCCAUAACAAAGCAGUGAGAGAGGCUGCUGUUUGGCUAAAGGCAGGAAGCCUCGAAGAACAGGUGAAGAAGUAUUGAUUGCAAACUUGUAAUGAUGGCGUAAUCCUUCAAAACAUGCCAGUGUUCACUCUAGCUAUGUGAUUAGUACGGUUGAUAGUUUAAGUGGUCACAUGCAAUGUAUUAAUAGAUUUAAGAAAAGUAUUUUAUUUAGUACUUAAUGUAUAAUUAACUAUAUUACAUACUUUUUUAUCAACUUUUCCAUGACAUUUCAACAUGUUUUAUAUUCAAGGUCAGUUAUUUGAAUUACACUAGUCUUUAUAACCUAUGUUAGAACAAAGCAAAAAUUUAUAUAUGCAAAGUGAGAAAAGUAAACUAAGCCCUAUGUACAUUUAAGUAAAAAUACUUCUCAGGGGGAGCUAUCACUUAAAAUACUGAACUGGAAAACAUUGCUAAAUUCUUUUUACAUGACUGCAAUUUGGUUUGUUAUCCCAUGAGACCUAAGUGUGUCCUUUGACUAAGAUAUAGUCAGCCUCUGCCUCUGGAGGUGAAUGUUGAGAACCCUUGUUUUCCAGGGUUGUUUUGUAUCCCUUGAGCAUUUUAUCAAUAAAUAAUUCUGGUUUAGUUAUUC